UCCUAGGGCACACAGAAUUUCAAUUUCGCGGUCCAAAAUCUUGCGAGGCACUGGACGACUGGCGAAGCGGGCUACCUGAACAACCUCACUUCUCAACCCUCUCACCCGCCCCCCCGACCGCGAACGAACCGUCGACACCUCCAACAACCCGUCCCAACUAUCCCACCCCUUCUUUUUUUUUUCGACAACCGGGCAAAGAAGUCAAGAUGGCUGUUCCAGGCACUCAGAUCUCCAAGCGCAGAAAGUUCGUCGCCGAUGGCGUCUUCUACGCUGAGCUCAACGAGUUCUUCCAGCGCGAGCUGGCCGAGGAGGGCUACUCCGGCGUCGAGGUCCGCGUCACCCCCACGGUAACCGACAUCAUCAUCCGCGCCACCCACACCCAGGAGGUCCUCGGCGAGCAGGGACGCCGCAUCCGCGAGCUCACCUCCCUCAUUCAGAAGCGCUUCAAGUUCCCCGAGAACUCCGUCUCCCUCUACGCCGCCAAGGUCCAGAACCGCGGUCUCUCCGCCGUCGCUCAGUGCGAGUCCCUCCGCUACAAGCUCCUCAACGGUCUCGCCGUCCGUCGUGCCUGCUACGGUGUCCUCCGCUUCAUCAUGGAGUCUGGCGCCAAGGGUUGCGAGGUUGUCGUCUCCGGCAAGCUCCGUGCCGCCCGUGCCAAGUCCAUGAAAUUCACCGACGGCUUCAUGAUCCACUCCGGUCAGCCCGCCAAGGACUUCAUCGACUCCGCCACCCGUCACGUCCUCCUCCGCCAGGGUGUCCUCGGCAUCAAGGUCAAGAUUAUGCGCGGCUCUGACCCCGAGGGCAAGGCCGGUCCCCAGAAGACCCUCCCCGACGCCGUCUCCAUCCUCGAGCCCAAGGAGGAGCAGGCCGUUGUCCAGCCCAUGUCCCAGGACUACGGCGCCAAGGCCGCUCAGGCCCAGGCCGCCGCCGAGGCGCAACAAGCGGAGCAGCAGGCCCAGGAGGGCGGCGAGGAGGCCGAGGCUCAGUCGUAGGAGGCUGCCGAGCCGCAGGUUUCUUCUCAUGUCGUCGAGGAGACUGCUGAGUCUGGCGCCGGCCCGGCUGGUUGGUAAACGACGUCAGUUGGGGAAGGAAAAAAAAACUUUUGGUCUGCUUUCCGCUAGCUUCUAGUCUCUAUUGUCUACUUUCCCAAAAAAUACCAGACAGACUUGGAGAUGACAAAAAUGGGGGUGUUCGCGCGAACCAGGCACAAAAAAAAGUUAUCGGGAGGACGGGGGUGUGGAAUACUACUACUCAGGCGUCUUGAUCAACAUUUGCAUCACUCUGCGAAAGGGGAAUUCGGAUAGUUGCGACUGGCUUGUAAUGGUAGAACAAACCAUGAAAUGAGCAACGAAAUCAUUCAAGUAAAA